AUGUCAGUAAGUUCUUUAAAAUUUCUGGGGUUUUGCAAGCAGCUUCCGAUUGAAGAUUUGUGCAGCCUAACAUCUCAGUCACUAACUGUCACGCUGACAGCUGCAGUGCCAGAAUCCACAGAGGAUGUCCUCUUAAAAGGAUUUGCUGUGCUGGGGAUGGAGGAUGAAAGAAUUGAAACAGCACAACAGUUCUUCUCCUGGUUUGCUCAGGUACAAACACAGAUGGAUCAAGAUGAAGGUGCCAAGUAUAGGCAAAUGCGGGAUUACUUGUCUGGCUUUCAGGAGCAGUGUGAUGCUAUCUUGAAUGAUGUGAAUAGUGCCCUUCAGCACCUGGAGUCACUGAAAAAACAGUAUCUCUUUGUGUCCACAAAGACGGGAACGCUGCACGAGGCCUGUGAACAACUUCUGAAAGAGCAGUCAGAACUUGUUGAUCUGGCUGAAAACAUCCAGCAGAAACUUUCUUAUUUUAAUGAGCUGGAAAACAUCAACACCAAAUUGAAUUCCCCUACACUCUCUGUGAACAGUGAAGGAUUCAUUCCCAUGCUGGCUAAGCUUGAUGAUUGUAUUGCAUAUAUUUCAUCGCAUCCAAAUUUUAAAGACUAUCCUGUAUAUUUGGUUAAGUUUAAACAAUGCCUUUCUAAAGCUAUGCACCUUAUCAAGACAUACACUGUGAAUACACUACAGAACCUCACAAGCCAGUUAAUGAAAAGGGAUCCUUCAGCUGUGCCAAAUUCUGACAAUGCCUUUACGCUGUUUUAUGUAAAAUUCAGAGCAGCUGCUCCCAAAGUCAGAACUCUUAUUGAACAAGUAGAGCAAAGAUCUGAAAAAAUGCCGGAGUAUCAACAAGUUCUCAAUGAAAUCCAUCAGUGUUACCUUGACCAGAGGGAGCUUUUGCUUGGUCCAAGUAUUGCUAGCACUGUUACAGAAUUAACCAGUCAGAACAACAGAGACCAUUGUGCUCUGGUGCGAAGUGGUUGUGCCUUUAUGGUCCAUGUAUGUCAGGAUGAACACCAGCUUUACAAUGAGUUCUUCACAAAACCAACACCAAAACUGGAUGAACUCUUGGAGAAGCUGUGUCUUUCAUUGUAUGAUGUCCUGAGGCCAAUGAUCAUCCAUGUCAUUCACUUAGAGACACUUUCGGAACUCUGCGGGAUUCUCAAAAAUGAGAUGCUUGAAGAUCAUGUACAGAACAAUGCUGAACAACUGGGUGCAUUUGCAGCUGGUGUCAAGCAGAUGUUGGAAGAUGUACAGGAGCGUCUUGUCUAUAGGACGCAUAUUUACAUUCAGACUGAUAUCACAGGCUACAAGCCUGCUCCAGGUGAUCUUGCAUAUCCCGACAAGUUGGAAAUGAUGGAGCAAAUUGCACAGAGUUUAAAAGAGGAACAGAAGAAGCUGCCAUCUGAAGCUUCGUUUUCAGAUGUCCGACUAGAAGAUCCUGAGUCCUGCAGCUUAGUUAAAUCUGGUUCAGCAGAAUCCCUUAAUGCCAGGCACCAGACCACAAUUUCACCAGCAGAUCUGCAUGGAAUGUGGUAUCCUACUGUCAGAAGGACUCUAGUGUGUCUCUCCAAACUGUACAGAUGUAUAGACGUAUGCAAAAAUUUCUUUAUCUAUUUUUUUAAGACAUCAGACAAGACCCAGGUUGAUGGACAGCUUUUCUUAAUAAAACACCUUUUGAUUCUUCGUGAACAAAUUGCUCCUUUCCACACUGAUUUCACCAUUAAGGAAAUUUCCCUGGACCUUAAGAAAACUAGAGAUGCAGCAUUUAAAAUUCUGAACCCUAAGACAGUUUCAAGAUUUUUUCGACUAAACAGCAACAACGCCUUGAUACAGUUCUUACUGGAGGGUACUCCAGAAAUCAGAGAACAUUAUAUUGACUCUAAGAAAGAUGUAGAUCGUCAUCUGAAAUCAGCUUGUGAGCAGUUUAUUCAGCAGCAAACCAAACAGUUUAUAGAACAGCUGGAGGAGUUCAUGACAAAGGUAGCUGCUUUAAAAACAAUGGCCACUCAAGGAGGUCCCAAGUACAGCCUUUCACAGCAACCUUGGGCACAACCAGCAAAGAUCAACGAUCUGGUCUCUUCCACUUAUAAGACAAUAAAAACAAAACUGCCAUCAACACUACGAAGCAUGUCAUUAUACUUGUCCAAUAAAGAUACAGAAUUAAUUUUGUUUAAGCCAGUUAGGAAUAACAUUCAGCAAAUGUUCCAGAAACUCCAUGCUUUGUUAAAGGAAGAAUUUAGUAAUGAAGAUCUUCAGAUCAUAGCUUGUCCUUCAAUGGAACAGGUGAACUUACUUUUAUCGAUGUCCAAGUAGCCUGACAGUGAGGCUGCUUGAAAUAUGCUUCAGAUGAAUGCAAGGCAGUGAAGGCAAUGCACACAGAUUUGCUUGAAGUAAACAAAGGAUCCCACUGUGCAGUUCAGUCUGCAUCAAAACUAUCCAGGCUGCUUAACCCUGUUUUAGGA